GGCCUGCUUGUCAGGUGCCAGGUAGCUCCUCCAGCCGGAUUUUAGCCGCCGCCACGUGAACGCCUUCAACGUGUGCGUCCCACAACCGAGCUUCUCCAACAUCAACCCAAACACCGUCCGUUUUCUCCCACCCAAAACCACGUCCCAACAUUCAAUGUCCGCGCGAGCGCCGCGUGCGACACUCCGCCGUUCUUCUCGGUGAUUCGGUUACGCCAACUGACGAGCCGAACCACUCCCUCCAAGUUUCCCACAGCACAUGCUCGAAUGAUGCGCUGGCUUGGACCACUGAGCUCUUGUCUACACGCCACGCCCGGAUAAUUCUUCACAAUGGACGUGGUAAACGGAGCGGCACCUUCGGUGCAGAAUGGCACUGGAGCGGGUCAGGACUCUUACAAGCUCAAAUUUUGCACCGUCUGUGCCAGCAAUCAGAAUCGGUCGAUGGAGGCACAUCUGCGGCUGUCGCAGGCCAACUUUCCCGUCAUCUCCUUUGGUACCGGGUCGUUGGUCCGGCUACCAGGCCCGACCAUCACGCAGCCCAACGUAUACCAGUUCAACAAGACUUCGUAUGACAGCAUGUACAAGGAGCUCGAGGCCAAGGACCCGCGGCUCUACAAGAACAACGGCAUCCUCAACAUGCUCGAUCGGAAUAGAGAGGUCAAGUGGGGUCCGGAGCGCUGGCAGGACUGGGCCAUUGGCGUGCCACGUCUGCAGCAUGCGAAAGACCGCGGCCACGUUGGCACCGAAGGCGGCCUUGUGGACGUAGUAUUCACUUGCGAGGAGCGUUGCUGGGAUGCCGUCAUCGAUGAUCUUCUCAACAGAGGUUCGCCGCUGAACCGCCCGGUGCAUGUGAUCAAUGUCGAUAUCAAGGACAACCACGAAGAGGCCCACAUUGGCGGGCAGGGUAUCCUUGACCUUGCAACCUCGCUCAAUAAGGCUGCAGCAGAAGAGCGCGAAGCGAUAGGUGCCGCCGCGUUUGACAGCGGUAGUGCCGCCGGCCGGGCCAGCUUCGACGAGAGAGUGCCCGAGAUUCUCGGGGCCUGGCAGGAACGGUGGCCCAAUCUUCCAUCAACCUGGACGCUCGCGUGGUUUUAGAUGCUUUUGUGUUUUGCGUUCCACAAGUCAUGAUUGAUGGUAGCCAGGCGUUCAUUGGUCCGGUAUUCACAACGGAGGGGGCAACGCGCAUAAGAAGUUCUAUAUCAAAUCUGCAUCUCCCACUUUGGUUGUGGGCCAUCUCCGUCAUAUCUUUCCUGUGGACGAAAGCUCCCGCCGCUCAUUUACAUAGGGUGACCGAUGCUCUUCGGGUUUGACGUGUCCAGUAGGCAGGCGCCGGACUGUACACGGCAUGAGGGGUUGCGAGCGGGUGCCACGGCACUUCUCGGCGGAAGCAUGCGCUCCGUAUAGUUUUGGGACAUUGAGGUCGAAGCACGGAUAACCCCUCCACCGGUGGCAUCGCUUCUGCAUGGCGGGUUAUAUCGGGCUACGGUGCGGAGUUCAGGCUCUGCAAACGAACUUUCGUGUGUCGGCCCAGGCCACUCGAAGCUUUAGCUUUUUCAGCUACCCUGGAUAAUGCCUCCUGAGUCCAGUGAGGUCGUUCGGCCAGCGCGGCGGGGUUAAAAGUAGGUCCCGUCUCGAGUAAAUUGAACUGAC